CAUUUCUUUUUAGCUAAUAAUACUACAAACACUUCAGUACUCCCAGCUACGGCGGACUUUAACUGGCAUGAGACUUGCAGACCGACUGCAACUGCUGCAAAAAUAUUUGAUGAAUAUUCAGCAUAUUUGUACCCGUUUACAGUGGAAUUCAAUAUUUUAGUAGUUGGAAUCUUUUUCAUGGUUUGGAGAAAUAUUGGCAAAUGCCGACAUUCCUCAGAGGAAGUCCAAAAUUUCCAUCACUCAUUAUACGCACAGUCUAACGUCAGCGGGGAUGUAAAUAGUCCUCACGCUCUGGAGAUCCACAUCAGCUGUCGCAGCGCAUUUUGUGGACUCAUCUCUAGUUUUUUCACGAUAGUCCUACUCAUCGUUGCUAUUAUACUUAGCUUCGUGCUCGGCAAUAUAAGAAACGAGGACUUCCAAUACAUCAGCCAAUAUUUUGCUGACAUUGUGAAACUAACACUUCACAUAGUCAUGUUGGGAACCAGUGGAAUAGUUGUCUACAAGACGCAAUCCCUAGACAUCAACAAGCACCCAGUCCCUUGGCUAGAUGACGUGUUGUUAUACAUCUGCGUGCCUGCGUUUUUCCUAGAAUCGAUGCUGACCGUCAUUCCCGCUAUCACGACGUUGAGCAUAGUAAAAUUCCUAGAUACAAUCAUGAUGUCUUUACAAAUGGUAAUACAAAUCGCGUUCAUAAUUGACGGGUUGCGACGAUGCAGCAACUCUCGAAAACUGCGACGAAUCAAGCCUGGACGGGAACUUGUCCUAUUCUUACUCGUCACUAAUGUGUCAAUGUGGGUUAUGUAUACCUUCUCAUACCAGUCCCCGGAAAGCAAAGACGUGAGAUAUGAGUAUUACGGAAAAGAGAUGUGGCUAGCAAUCGGCCACCUUUGCCAACCCAUGAUAAUGUUCUUCCGGUUUCACUCGAGUGUAUGCAUAGCUGAUAUCUGGACUUAUGCAUAUAAACCAGGGAUUGAAGAUAACCGAUUUUAAUAAUUGACUGGAUUUCGAUUCUAGCUUUCACUAACAUUACCGCAUUUGAAAGCUCGAAAGUUUAAUUUUAAACACAGUACGGCUAUACCCUAUACCAAGUGCUAAGUCAAGUAUCACACACAUUG